AUGGCACGGCAGCGCACAGGCAAGGCCGCAGCAAGCCACUAUCCUUCUCAAAUAAAUGAAGCGCGGGAUGCCCAGCUCCUCCAAGUUUUCAGCAAACCAAAUAGCUGGGUUCAAUCAGGGGUGAAGCCCUCUCCGCUUCGGACAACCGCGCGGAAACGGGGCCGACUGAGCAAGGCUGCUGGGUUCUUUGACGCUGUGCCCCAUGAGAUCCUAAACAUGAUCUUGCUCAAUCUUGACUACCUCUCACUAGCGAAACUCUGCACGACAAACUCAAAGGUCGCGGCAUAUAUCAAAAGACAACCAUUCUAUAAACUUGUGGUGGAAUACUGCCAUAAUACUCUGCGGAGCAUGGCAAUGCUAGACCUACACCGUGCUCACGACGCAAGACACGUCUAUAAGGCUCUGGUCGACCCGAAAUGCUCGGCACCGGGAUGCAAGAAAUUAGGAAACUCGCUUUUUUUACCAAAUUGUCGCCGUUCAUGCCUCAACUGCCUGGGACGGACACCCAUAUCAACAGCACUCGUGCUCGAGGCCGCCAUAAACAAAUACGGGUUAAGCAAAAUGGCUAUUACUGAAAAUAUUCUUUGCUUCAAGCUUCCCAACCUCCCCGAAUGGUUUGUGGUGGCCGCAGAAGCGAUUGACCUGGCAACUCGCUUAUACGGUAGGAGGCCGGUCGAUUCUUGUUUACCACUGUUAUGGUCAGAGAUGGCUACAGUUCCAUUCCCAUUUCUCGACCCGGACAGUAGGAGAUUGGAAUUUGGGAGGCAAUGUCGAGCGUGUUAUAUGGCAUACGUCGAGCACAGAGAUAUCUGGACCCAAAUUGAGAUACCUCCAACUGACUCAGACAGUAAGAACUGGGAAAUGAAGUUGAGAGAUCUCGAAGAGCGGGGACUUGCUGUUUUCGGAAUCAGGACGCUUUUGAGUCAUGUCCGUAGCGGUGACUGCCCGGAGGCUACGGUGUUCUGGUCACAGGAAAUAAAGAGGUUGUAG